UUCCGACUCGGAAGGUGGUUGCAAUCGCACGUCGUCGCUUAGUCGAAAUUUUCUAGGCGAGUGCUGUCUUACAGUAGCGCUUAAGUUAGUUCGUUUGAGAUCUCUAAACCUUAGAUUUACACACAAUAAUCAUGCAGUCUAUGAUUAUCCUCGCAGCCACCCUCUGCCUGGCCCAGGCUUCGUUCUACGCGGGCCCCCCAGCGCACAUCCAACUGAGCCCCGACGGCAAGUUCUUGCUGGACACGCCGGAGGUGGCCCACGCUAAAGCGGCCCAUGCCGCGGCGCACGCGCAGGCCUCCACCGCGCAUGGCGCGUGGGCCCCCGCCGGAGGAUACAUCGCCGGACCUGCUUAUGGUGCCGGCGCGCAUUACGGCGCUCCAGCCGCUGGUCUUCUGAAAUACGGCCCCGCCCCCCUGGCUCACGACGGUCGCGUGGUCGACACCCCCGAGGUAGCGCACCUUAAGGCAGCUCACAUCGCCGCCCACAGCGCCGCUCACGCCAACGCCGCUCACGGCGCGUACGCAGGUCUCGGACACGGCGCCGCACUCGCUCCCCUCGCGUACGGCGGACUUGGUCACGGUGCUGGCUAUGCUGCCGGUUACGGCAAAUGGACUGGUCCUCAGGCUCACAUUCAGCUCACCCACGACGGCCAGUACGUAGUGGACACGCCCGAGGUGCAGCACGCGCGCGCCGUGCACCUCUCCCAGUACGCGCACGCUGCGCAAGCGGCGGCCGCGGCACCCGAAGAGCCCUGGGGCCACCACGGUGGCUGGCACUGAACCCUACCUCGGACCUAAGCUCACUACUGCCUGACACACUAUUUUUUAUACAAAACGACCAGAAAAAGCCAAAAAAAUGUUAAACUGUAUAAAGUUGAAUGUGAACUGUGUAUAAUAAUGCAAACUCUUGUAGAACGAACUUGAAAAUGUAUUAAUAAAAAAAAUGUAAUAAUUUUUAA